CUUUUCAUUGCAAACUUCGCGCGAUGACGCACAUACACAUUGCGCCUCGAUCGAACGAUCGACUGCAAUAAUAACACUAGUGGACGUGUAAGUAAAUCAAAUCGCGCGAACUGUGUUUACAUUGGGUACACACCAGCGAUUUCGGGUAUUUAAGCGUGAGAUUCGCAGCCCACAGAAUCAUCACACUUGGACGUUGGUACCUGCAACGACGCGCACAAUGUUCAGCAAGAUGAUGCUCCUGGCUGUAGUCCUCUGCCUCGGCGCUUUCGCCAAUGGCGAAUUCAUCGAUGACGAUGUGAAGACGACUCGUCCUCGCUACCACGUCGACAUCCUUCGUCUCAACACGACCGACGAUACCCUGGAGCACGUCUGCGACGGUGCCAUCCUCGACCGUCGCCACGUCCUCACUGCCGCCCACUGUGUCGUCGACCUAGCCACCUCUGUCAUCCGCGUCCGCAGUGGUUCCGACGUGGCACCUCCUCCCAGUCUGCCCCACCAGGAGGAGCGUCUCUUCCACAAGGUCAACAAGAUCAUGUACCUCCAGGACUACGUCCAGAGCCCCUGCCGUCAGCACCAGCACGACAUCGCCAUCAUCAAGGUCGCCAGGUCUUUCGACCUCGCCUUCGACGAACUCUUCAAGCAGGUCUACCUCCCGGAGCCCAGCAACGACUACGAGAGCUACGAAGCUUUGGUGUCCGGCUACAGCCACGCUGACACCCUCAACACGAUCGAGGCUCAGGUCAUCUCAAACGAGGAGUGCGCCAGGAACGCCAGCUCCAUCAUCACCAGCGGCAACCUUUGCGCGAUCUUCUCCGAAGCCAACGAAUACAAGAUCAGCGGCAGCCCACUCGUGCACGAGAACACGAUCAUCGGUGUGCUUAACGCCCCGACGUCCUGCAACUCGGAGACAGUGCUGAGCAUCAAGUGUGUACCCCAGGCGGAGAAACUCAAGCUCUACACCAGGGUCACGGCUUACCUCGACUUCAUCGAGAAGGUUCUCAACAACAAACCGUCAGCCGACGUCGUCUACCGCUCUUAGACUUGGCUUUCUUUUUCUUUUUUUUAACUUCACUCUUUGUAAAUAUACCCGAAGCUUUUCUUGUAAAUUGUAUUCUCUUACGUAGGCGCGAACGAUAAACGAUAUGUAAUACGCGAAUGAUCGAUCAAAAGUAUGAAUAAACGGCGAGAUUAUAAUGCACAUAAAAG